UUUUGUGUGCCACAAAUCAAAAAGUUUUUACACAAAAUCAAAAAUCAAGUAUACGCCUAGUAAACGGAGAGAGGAGAAAGGAUAUUUCAAACAUUUUUUUGAGUGUGUUCUUGCGUCCACAAACAAAAACAAAUCACAUCAAAUUAAGACUAAAAACUAAGCAACAUUUAUAUCUACAAAUUGUUUUUGUAAAACCAAAAAUCAAAACCGUCUCAUAAAAAGUGCCUACAACGAAAUUUCCAAAAACAAAAUUAACAAAAAAUCUUAUGAAAAGCAGGAAAACGUUUUCCGAAAAGAGUGUGAUAGAAAAACGAAGGUGUUUUUAUUGUUUAAAAAUCAAAUAUCAAAUUAUCAAACAAAGAGAAGGCUUCCAGAGCGAAGCCAACAAAAGGAACAAACAUUUUCAAGGCAAGCCACGAGGAGACCCUGGACCUGGGCGCCGUCAAGAUUGAGCAGAAUUUUCGCGACUGGCAAGGGUAUUCAGGAAACGGCUACACGCUGGCAGUGAACAGCAUUUGCAGUGCAGGCUUUGCCCUAUCAGCGAUGCCCUUUAUCGACGAUGCACUGCUCUGGUGUCCGGAUAACGAUGGUCGUCUUGUCGGUGGCUUAGAUCUGGCAAACUGCAUAGCCGAUGAUUCGGCUGUGAAUGGAACGGAAGGCAUCAAUCCCACAAUUCAAUCGGCAGGCAAUCCCAACAAUCAACAGCAGACGGGCGUAGGAAUCGGAGUUGGAGUUGGCUGUGGAGUUGGAGUUGGAGUUGGCGGGGAACUGAAUGGAUCGGCGGCACGCAGCGUCAAUGUGGUGGUGGAGCCGCUAUGUGGCAGCGACUCAUCCGACGAGCUCUUCCGCAGCUUCACCGAGAGCAGCUUUGAGAUCGAGAGCCUGCUGUCCGAUUUGGCCACCGUAGAGGUGAAAGUCGAAAAUGAGGAGAACAACAAUAAUGUCAUCAGUGCCGCCGAUGUGGUGGACGACGAUGACUUUGCCAGCGUCGCCGCCGCCGUGGUGGCCGGUGACGAUCUGCUAGCCAAAGAGAAUGCCCAGCUGAGUGUCCAGGGACUGGUGGACUCGGUGGCCGCCAGUCUGGGUGGCGAUGGUGGCGACGCCAAUGGCCAGCAGGCGCUUCUGGCCUUCGGCUCCUCCAACUCGGCUGCGGCGGCGGCAGUGGCAGCUGCUGCAGCCGCUCUCUGCGGCGACCUGAUCAACAACAACAGCAAUGGAGGAGUAGGAGGAGGAGGCGGCGCCGUGGGUGGCGGUGGCGUUGCGGGCGGGGACUGCUCCACAAAGCUGGAGUACGCCCUGAUGGGCGGCCAGCCGCAUGCGGAGGAGCCGCGCUUCGUGACCAGCGCCGCAGCAAAUCCCCUGCUCGUGGAGAAGCUCAUGUCCAAGUGUCUGAACAUCGAGAAGCGGCUGGAUAAAAUGGGCGAUACCGAAAUUCCUAUUGUCAAACAAUCGACGAGUCCAGCACCACAACAGCAACAACAGCAGCAGCAGCAACAACACCAGCAACAGCAGCAACAGAUCCUGCAGCAGCAGCAGCAACACCAGCAGCAGCAGCAGCAGCACAACGGAAGCUCCUUUGCUGGAGCCACCACUCUGCUGCACAUUAAGACGGAGCAGAACCCGUUGCUCACGCCGCUCCAGCAGCAGCAGCAUAGCUUACAUGGUGGUGCAACGGGCGGUGGCACCAAUGGUGGUGGCAAUAACGGGAACAACAACAACAACAACAACAACAACAACAGUGCACACCAGCAGCAGCAACAACCACUGGCCAUACCGCACCGGCCCCUGCUGCACAAUCUGCUCAGCGGCGGCGCCAUCCACAAUCCACAUCACAGGAACUACACGACGGCCACAACAGGUUCAUUUCCGCCCAGUCCCGCGGAUAGCGGCGUGUCCGAUGUGGACAGCUCUAGUUCCGGCGGCCAGCCCUGCGCCGACGAGCUGAAGGCGCGCCUGGGCAUGCCCACUGCCACGUCAGCAUCGGCAGCGGCCGCAGCAGCAGCAGCCGCAGCGGCAGCGGCACACCUCCACACGGGCACCUUUCUGCAUCCGAAUUUAUACCAGAACAAUGCGGCGAAUUCGCUGAGGAACAUAUGGAAUCGCAGUGUUGGGGUGCCCGACAACUAUUAUGGCAGCAGUGGAGGCGGUAGCGGCGGUGGCGUCGGCAAUCCAGGAGCGCCCGGAGCUCCCCAGACCCCCAGCUACCUGACAACGUCCUACUUCAACGCACCGACGCAGCAGCAGCGCAGCUCUGGCGUCAACGGCUAUCAUUCCCUGCACCAGCAGCAGCAGCAGCAGCAGCAAACGCAGCAGCAUCAAUCCCAGCAGCAGCAGCAGCAGCAGCAGCAACAAGCGUACGCGCAGCAGCAGCAGCAGCAGCAUCCGCACUCGCAGCUGGCGCCUCCCUCGCAUCCACAUCCACACCAAGCGCAGCAGCAGCACACGCAUUCCAGCAUCGCCAAUGCAGCGGCGGCCUCCGUUGUGAGCAGCAGCAGCAGCGCGGUGGCAGCGGCCGCCAUGCUCAGCGCAAGUGCAGCGGCGGCGGCCGCGGCCGCCUCACAGAGCGUCAUCCAACCGGCGACGUCGAGCGUCAGCUAUGAUCUCUCCUACAUGCUGGAGCUGGGCGGCUUCCAGCAGCGGAAGGCGAAGAAGCCGCGCAAGCCGAAGCUGGAGAUGGGCGUGAAGCGGCGCAGCCGGGAGGGCUCCACCACCUACCUGUGGGAGUUCCUGCUGAAGCUGCUCCAGGAUCGCGAGUACUGUCCGCGCUUCAUCAAGUGGACGAACCGGGAGAAGGGUGUCUUCAAGCUGGUCGACUCGAAGGCGGUCUCCCGCCUCUGGGGCAUGCACAAGAACAAGCCGGACAUGAACUACGAGACGAUGGGCCGUGCCCUGCGCUACUACUACCAGCGCGGCAUCCUGGCGAAGGUGGAUGGCCAGCGGCUGGUCUACCAGUUUGUCGAUGUGCCCAAGGAUAUAGUCGAGAUCGACUGCAAUGGCGUGUGAGAGAGGAGAGGUGAGGAGAGGAGAGGCGGCUGUAAAUAGAUGUAAUCCGAGAUCGGUUCAGAUCGGAUCACUUUCAGAUCGAUGGCAAUAUGUUCUGGGGAACGUAAUAACCGUAAUAACCGGCUAGCGGCAAUAGUAGCAUUGGGAUCGAUCCGAUUGGGAUCGGAUCGGAUCGGGGCUACGCGAAGGAGGGAAGUGAUGGAUUUCCUUGUAUAUUGUAUGUGUUGAGUUUCUUCGUGGAAGAGUAUAAAUUACAUAGAUGAUAGUCCCAAAAAUAUACCCCAGAAUUAUAGAUGUACACCCUGUAGCCCUGGUCCACAGACACAGACCCAAGCACCCAGAAACAGACACACAGAGACCCUAUACAUAGGACCUGCAUUCAAACAUACAUAAAUAAUGAUCUAUUCAUUGGCGUUAGUGUUGUACUUGUAACUUUAACUUUAACUGUAGUUCUAACUGUACGAUUAAUUAAUGAAUAUUGUUAUUAUUGGUUAUUCUAUUAUUAUCACUAUUAUUAAUAUUAUGAUUAUUAUUAUUGCGGAUGGAAUGGACCGACUCUUACUGAUAUACGAUCGAUACGAGUACGAGUGGUGUAUAUGGGUACGUGGACGCAUAGCUGCAAGAAAUUCUCUAUCUCUAUCCAUCUAUAUGGCUCUGUAUAUGAGUAUAUUUUAUGUAUUGUAUCUGCCCCUAGCCUAAUAUCAACUUUCAACUGCCCCCCCCAGCCCCCGCUGCCCGAGGACAGGACAGGCACUGAUCGGGAUAUGGGAUGUACAUAUCUGUGUCCUCUGUGCUCUGUGCCUGUCCUUCGGCUAAUUGUUUUUGUUGCUUAUUUUAUAAAAAGAAGAAGGAAAGAAAUUUAUUAUUUCAUAGUUAUAGCUAUUUCUACGCGUAUGUAUAUUUAGGUUAUUUAUUUAAGUUUUUCUCCUUACCCCCUGCUUACCCACCAUUUAAAAUCCUACCACGCCACACUUCCUACUUCCUAACUGGAGCUACAGUAAACAAACCCUGCCCCGUCUGCACAAACUGGUGGUCUAUACUUUCUUGUAAUUAUUAUUUCAUAAGUUUCGUAUAAUUGUACACAAAAAACUCACAGCAAACAAAAAUAU